GUAGUAGCCAUAUUAAGGGGGGAGAUAGGAGCUUCUUCAAUGAAAAGUAGAAUUAUGAGUGGGAAGAUAAGCUAUGUAAAUAAUACUUUAAAUGGACGGAAAGAGAUACUGAAGAAAAUAAUUACAGAUAUGCAAGAAAAGGAAAGAAACUGGUGGAAAACAGUGGAAAAGUACAUGCAUGAAGUUAAACUAAAUUUAAGAAAAUUAGAAGGAAUGUCCAGAACAGAAGUAAAGGACAAAGCCAGAAUAUGGGACACAGAGAGGUGGAAAGAAGAGUUGGAAAAUAAAGUGACUGUGAACAUAUAUAAAACGUGGAAAAGAGAAAUAAAAGAUGAAGAAAUUUAUGACAACUCUACGGGUUCAGUCCUUCUCUUCAAAGCCAGAACCAACUCUCUUAAUUUAAAUAUAGCAAAAAGGCACCAGAAGGAGAACACCUGUUGUCCUUUUUGCAAUGAUGCAAUAGAAGACAUUUCAUUUCCUUUUAUAUUGUGGUACAUAUAUAGAAGAACGGGUUAAAGCAAUAGGGCUACAACAACCCUAUGAAGAGAAGGAAAGUGACGUAGUGGGAAAAUUUCUAUUUUCAGGUAACAACGAAAUAAGAAAAGAAACCAUAUACUUGAUGUGGAAAAAAGAGAGAGAAAAAAAGGAAUGAGCUAAACAAAUAAACAAAAAAAAAUUACCCAAGAUUAAGAGGCGCCGUUGCAAAGGCAUUGCCUCGACCCAUAACUACUACUACGUAAACAACUCUUCUAACCCGAAGUGUUGAUCGGGAAUUUUACGAAGCAGAUCAUAUGUAACAUAUCUGCCAUGCCACGAAGAAGAUUACUUAGAGGACAAACACCAAAGCCAUCUGAAGACAUCACAGCAAGUGCAACAGCACCAAGCGAACCUGUUACAGUACCAGCUGAGCCUGCACCACCGCAGAGCACCUUAAGGAGAAGCAGAAGAACUGCACCAACUGCCUCACCAGUAGUAGAGGAGAAAUCAGGAAACAGUGAUGCUGGCAAAUGGCAGGAGGUAGUGAAGGAUACUGGUACUGAAACAAUAUUGAAUAGCCCUGUUAUCCAAUUGACUGAAGGCUCAUGUCGUAAUUUAUCACCUCCAAAAACAAAUGUUGAAGUCACGCCUCAAGAGGAUGAAAAGAACAGUGAAGCUCCAGCAACUGAAGUCAAAGAAACAUUAAGAGGAAGAGGAAGAGUUGGAUUAAAGACAAAGUCCCUAGGUAUAGCAGUUCAGAAGAGUGAGAGCAAUAGCAAUGAAAGUAUGCUGGAGGGUGCAAAGGUAGAGACAGCUCCAGUAGAGACUCCUGCUUGUGAUUCCACUAAGAAUUUAGAAAAGACUGAUUCAUUGAAGGUGUUAAAAGGAACUGAGGAUUAUAAUCCCAAAGGAACUAAGAGUCCUCCUAAAAAGGAGCAUGAAGAAUUGAAGGAAAAUAAGCCUGUAUUUGAAAGUAAAAAUGUGACUGACUUGGAGAAGAAGGAUGUAGAGGCCAAGACAGAAUUAAAGGUCAGCAGUAGUCUUGAUGGAAGGGAAGAGAGUGGAAAAGAAAGAGAUGAUGUCCAUGCCCCAAAGGAAGAAGUAGAUGAAGAAAAUGCUGCAGAGGUCCAGGUUAAAGAAAGUGCUGUAGAGGUCCGGGUUGAAGGAAGUGCAGCAGAGGUCAAAGUUGAAAAAAGUGCUGCAGAGGUUGAGGUUGAAGAAAGUGCUGCAGGGGUCAAAAUUGAAGAAAGUGCAGCAGAGGUCCAGAUUGAAGAAAGUCCUGCAGGGUUCAAAGUUGAAGAAAGUGCUGCAGAGGUCAAAAUUAUAUUAAGAGAUGAUGUUGGAGAAGAGAAGAUGGAAUGUGAUGUUCAAGACAAACAGUUAUGCAGUACAGGUGAAGUAAUUAAUGAGACUUCAGUGGUUAUUACUGCAGUGAAAAAGGAGAUGGAUGGAGAAGCACUUUUGCAAAAUAUGGAGAAAGUGAGUGAUGCCCCUGCAAAGACCACUAGGGGUGGGAGAACACUUAAAAGGGGUGCUGAUAAAGAAAGUGUAAAUGCACCUGAGACAAAAGUUUUAGUUAAAGAAUGUAAAGAAACACAGUCUCAGAGUACAGAAAUUGUGCAGAGCAUUCCCUCAAGCAUUAUUAGACAGAGGAAAGAAAUAAAAGAAAUUUUAGAUAAAAAGACUUCAACUUCAGAGCAUAGUGCAUCUGUUAAAAUGGAAACCGACUUACAAAGUACAGAAAAAAAUAUUAAAGAUGACAAUCUUGAGGCUCAAGAGCUUACAAACUUAAAAAAUACGGAAGAAAUUAUAUUUAAAGAUGACACUAGUCAGGCUCAAGAGGUUACAGACUUACAAAGUACAGAAAAAAUAAUUAAAGAUGACACUGUUCAGGCUCAAGCAGUUAUAGACUUACAAAGUACAGAAAAAAUAAUUAAAGAUGACACUGUUCAGGCUCAAGCAGUUAUAGACUUACAAAGUACAGAAAAAAUAAUUAAAGAUGAACUGUUCAGUCAAGCAUAG